UAAUUUUUUACUAGUGUAUUUGUUCACAAGAGCAAUAAAUUUUAUUUUGUUUCAUUUUAGAAUGUUCAAGUAUGAAAAUGUAAUGAAUAUUUACAAUUUUACAAAUUGAAUAGUAAACUGUGAUGUAUUCUUAAGGAUUUAAAUUAUAUUUGAUACAUUUAUAGCACUCAUUUCUGCGUAGUGUGAAAAACUUUAUUAACCAAAUCAUUUUACGCAGAUUUCAACAUUUUAGUCAAUUCAUAGUAUUCGAUGAUUUGAUACGUAAUCUACGUCAGAAGUUGAAUUUCAUUUUGUGUUGAAAAAUACCAAACGGAACGUUUUGAUUUGUUGGUUUGGUAAAUCGUGCAUUUUUGUUGCAAAUAUCUUAGAAUAAUCUAUCUGUUAAAUAAAAUUGUUUUAAUAGCCCAAAAUGCCAGAUCAUUUAGGAGAUGAUAUGCGCAAAGUGAAGGAUGACAAAGAAGAGCCGGAAAAAGAAAUAAAAUCGCUUGAUGAAGGAGACAUAGCCCUUUUAAAGUCCUAUGGACAAGGGCAAUACACCAAAAUUAUUAAGGAGGUCGAAGAUGAUAUCCAAACGGUGAUGAAGAGGGUGAAUGAACUCACUGGUAUCAAGGAAUCGGACACAGGUUUGGCGCCCCCUGCUUUAUGGGAUCUUGCAGCUGACAAACAGACACUACAGAAUGAACAGCCAUUGCAGGUUGCAAGAUGCACAAAAAUCAUCAAUGCAGACUCAAAUGAUCCCAAAUACAUAAUCAAUGUGAAGCAGUUUGCCAAGUUCGUUGUGGACCUCGCCGACUCUGUUGCACCCACAGAUAUUGAAGAGGGAAUGAGAGUUGGAGUCGACCGCAACAAGUACCAAAUUCACAUUCCUUUGCCGCCGAAGAUAGAUCCGACGGUGACAAUGAUGCAGGUAGAGGAGAAACCGGACGUGACGUACAGUGACGUGGGAGGCUGCAAGGAGCAGAUUGAAAAGCUGAGGGAGGUGGUCGAAACUCCUCUGCUACAUCCUGAGAAGUUCGUCAAACUGGGCAUUGAGCCGCCCAAGGGCGUGCUACUGUUCGGCCCCCCCGGCACGGGCAAGACGCUGUGCGCCCGCGCAGUCGCUAACAGGACUGAUGCUUGCUUCAUCAGAGUCAUUGGGUCGGAAUUGGUUCAAAAGUACGUAGGUGAGGGAGCGCGUAUGGUGCGAGAGCUUUUUGAAAUGGCGCGAAGCAAGAAAGCGUGCCUUAUAUUCUUUGACGAAAUUGACGCCAUUGGCGGUGCGAGGUUCGAUGACGGCGCGGGUGGUGACAACGAAGUUCAGAGAACUAUGUUGGAGCUGAUCAACCAGCUGGACGGGUUUGACCCUCGUGGAAAUAUCAAGGUGCUGAUGGCGACAAACAGGCCGGACACUCUGGACCCGGCGCUGAUGCGGCCGGGCCGGCUGGACCGCAAGGUGGAGUUCGGUCUGCCGGACCUGGAGGGCCGCGCUCACAUCUUCCGGAUCCACGCGCGCUCCAUGUCCGUAGAGAGGGACAUACGAUUCGAUCUGCUCGCUAGACUGUGUCCGAAUUCCACUGGCGCUGAGAUUAGGUCGGUGUGCACAGAAGCGGGUAUGUUCGCGAUCCGCGCCCGUCGCAAAGUCGCCACUGAGAAGGACUUCCUCGAAGCCGUCAACAAAGUCAUCAAGUCGUACGCCAAGUUCUCGGCAACACCACGCUACAUGACGUAUAAUUAAGCCGGAUCGUCAAUAGCUUGUUUUAUUUUCAGUACUGGCUUGUUAGAAAAUACUAUCUACUGCUAAUGUAAAAUUAUUCUAUUUUCAAAAAAAUAUAUACACGAAAAUAAUACAAGACAAAUAACUUUUUAAAUAGCGAAUAUCACUGGCUGAUUAGGAUAUUAAAAAAAAGUAUUUUGAAUAAAGCAAGUUCUAAACAUAUUCAAGGAACGAAUCUUUGAAUCUAUUUGUUCGAUACCCAAAAGUAUAGAUAUUAAAUGAUUUUCGUGUAAUAAAAUUAUUAUAAUUA